UCGAAUGAAGUUAGCGAUAUAAAUAAACACUCAAAAGCGGAAAAAUGGCGGAUGAACAGUUGCCUGCCGGCUGGGAAAAACGGUUAAGUCGGUCAACUGGCCAACACUAUUACCUGAACAUUUACACCAAAGAGUCACAAUGGGACGUCCCUGAUAAACCCGCAGAACCUGUCUCUUCGAGUGGACCUGAACAAGUUCAAUGCUCACACUUACUGGUAAAGCAUAAAGACUCUCGAAGACCAUCCUCAUGGAGAGAAGAAAAUAUCAUCCGUACAAAAGAGGAAGCACUGGAAUUAGUUAAAUCGUAUCGAGAACAAAUUGUUCAAGGCAAAGCUUCUUUCGCUGAUUUAGCAUCCAAAUACUCUGAUUGUUCAUCUGCUAAAAGAGGAGGUGACUUAGGAUCAUUCAAGAAAGGCGCAAUGCAGAAACCAUUCGAAGAAGCAUCUUUUGCUUUGAAAGUUGGAGAACUUUCAGAGCCCGUAUUUACUGAUUCUGGAGUGCACAUUAUUUUGCGUACCGUGUAAAUUUACUUUUAAAUGUUUUUUUUUAUAUUAAUUAUGUUCAAACAUCAAUUUUCUCAAAUCCUGUUAACAUUUUAACCUACAUCAUUUAUGAUACAGUUACGCCAAUUGAAUAUUGUGCUAAAAUUCAGAUGUAAAAUUAAUGCUGUACAUUUUACCAUUAUGUAAAUUUUGCUCUUAAUGUUA